UUGCCGACAUUCCACUCUUGGAUAAGUGGGAGGUGAUCAUUGUAUGCCACUUUAAGAAUGGGGCAUGAUCACUGCGCAACAUGACGGAUGGGCGGGCUUCUGAUUUGGGCUUGCGGCGGAACACAAAAGCGUCUGGUGCUAAGAUAGUCCGUUUUUUCGCCGUCUCGAUCUAACUCAUCCGAACAUGACCAAACUGUAAUGAUGAUGGCUUUUGGGACACCGCUAAAAACAAGUGUUGGCUUGGUGCACCCCUACUUCCCGGACUGCGGGCCCAGUCAAACACGGGGACCGCCCCGCCUAGUUCAUAGCACCUGCUGCGGGAUGACGUCCCCCCAGUUGCAAUGUCCCCAAGGCUACAAUUGUGACAUGGUUCGUCGCUGUCAUCCUCGCGAUCGAAUCAAACUCUACAGCACGGGGACUGUCUUUUGGGCCUCAAAGAUGCCGCAGUAUAGUGUCAGGGGGGACGACGGAGUAGUCACCGUUAUCUCUGUACCUUGGCGCAGUUUGGAAAUCUUGGCGGAAACAGGCCUACGUUGCUAGACCCCCUCUCCCGAGUCUUGGUUUCGCGGGCAGCUGAGGUGAAUGACGGGAGUGGCGGAGACUAAACAGUAGAGGAGGAAGAAGGGAAAGGAAAAAAUUGUGAUCGAAUUGGC